AUGCCCCCAGUUACCAUCGAUUGGUCCAAGGUCAACAAUCCAGAGCUUAUAUUCCAGCGCUUUGCCAGUCGCAGGUCUGUGGUAUAUGGCACUAAGGGAAUGGUGUCUUCAUCCCAACCAUUGGCGACAGAGGCGGGUCUAGAGAUAUUGAGAAAGGGCGGGAAUGCAGCGGAUGCUGCAGUUGCUACUUCAGUUGCAUUAAACGUAACAGAGCCAAGUUGCUGCGGGAUCGGCGGCGACGCAUUUUGCCUUUUUUAUGAUGCAAAGACGAAGACGGUAAAGGCGCUAAAUGGGUCAGGCCGUGCUCCAGCUAAAUUGGACAUUGACUAUCUUCUGGCUCGCGGAAUCAAAGGGUCUAUUCCUUUAACCGACCUUAACUCUGUAACAGUUCCAGGGGCUGCUGCUGCUUGGGUAGAUACCAUUGAGACCUUUGGGAGUGGCUCGGUUACAAUUGCUGAUAUCUUCGAGCCAGCAAUACGUUUGGCAGAAGAAGGUGUCCCCGUGUCGGAGAUUCAUGGACAUGCGGCAAGUUCUGCUUACAAAUAUGAAAUGUUACUCAAUGGCAAGGCACCUUUGCCUGGUCAAAUUAUCAAGCUACCCAAUUUGGCGCGAACCUUCAAAGAAGUAGUAGCCCAUGGAAAAGACGGUUUUUACAAGGGCAGAGUAGCCUCCGCCAUUGUUGAACUCAUCAAAAGCAAAGGUGGCCUCAUGGAACUGGAAGACCUGGCUAAUCACAGAUCGACAUUUGUAGAACCUAUUCAGUAUACUUAUGCAAACGAAGUCACUGUGUACGAGUGCCCACCAAAUGGACAGGGUAUAACGGCCUUACUUGCGUUGGGAAUCCUGGAAAGCAUUCAGGAACAAGGACUCUCGAAACCUCUCUCUGAAAUGGAGCAUAAUUCGCCGGAGUAUCUACACACUCUAAUCGAAGCAUUACGACUCGCGUUUGCUGACAGCCAAUACUAUGUUACAGACCCUGACGUCGAACAUAUCCCAGUUAAAGAAUUGCUUAGUAAGGAAUACUUAGCAUCCAGAGCUCGGCUAUUUAACUCAAAGGGAGCAAAUCCACGAGUCAUUCAUGGAAACCCGGUCAAUUCAUCUGAUACCGUUUAUUUCUCAGUUACAGAUCAGUGGGGAAAUGCCUGUAGUUAUAUUCAAAGUAAUUACGCAGGUUUUGGAACUGGUGGUAAGGUUAUGACUUGUUUAGGAGACCCAGCUAUGUAUACAUUAACCAUCUCUUAG